AUGGUUCAAGGUUUAGGUUGCAACAUCUCCAUCCUUAAAACUGAGGAACUCAAGGAGAAAGUAAGGAGGAAGUUCAAUGAUACCAACGACGAAUUCGACACUGACGAUCAUGACUUGCAUUCAGUAGCCCUUCGAUUCAGACUCUUACGGCAGCAUGGCUUCUGCGUCUCCCCAGAUGUAUUUCAAAGGUUCAAGGAUGAGGAAGGGAGAUUCGACCUCGGUUUGGCAAAAGAUGCAAGUGGUUUGAUGAGCCUGUAUGAAGCUGCACAGCUUGAACAUCCAGGAGAAGACAUCCUCGAAGAGGCCAAAAACUUUGCUACAUCACACCUUCAGGCAUUAGUUCCAUUUCUUGAACCCUCUCACGCCAAGCAAGUAGAGCAUGUGCUAGAGCACCCUUUCCAUAAGAGCUUGCCUAGGGUUGAGACAAGACGUUGGAUAGACAUUCUCCGAGAUGGCUGCGAAAUAGAUCGAGAUAUGGUAGAUCUAGCGAUAUUGGACUUCAACCACGUCCAGUCCAUUCACCAAACAGAGCUUAAAGAAUUUUCUCGGUGGUGGGAAGAGACAGGAAUAAGUAAGGAAAUGGGAUCUCUUGUAAGGAACCAACCUAUGCUUUGGUUCAUGUUAUCCUGUUUGGCGUUGCCAGAGCCACAGUUCUCAAGGUGCAGGAUUGAACUUGCCAAACUUACAGCGAUGGUCUUUGUAAUUGAUGAUUUCUUUGAUGUUUGUGGAGAGUUUGAAGAUCUGGUCCUCUUCACUGAAGCUGUCGACAGUUUGGACCCAACAUCUGUGGAGCCGCUUCCCAACUGCAUGAACUUGUGCUUCGUGGCUUUAAUGAACGUAGUGAAAAACGGAAUUGGAUUUUUGGCCCUUAAACCGCAGGGCAGCGUCGACAUACUCCAUCGUUCCAAUGCAAUGCAGAUGUCAAUUAUGAAGCCACUCAACGCCACUCCAAGACUCAUCCACCUUCCCGCAGCUAUAUUUCGACUGUGGGAUGAUCUUGGUACCUCCCAAGAUGAAAAAGAUCGAGGAUAUGAUGCUUCCUACAUAGAGUUCUAUAUAAAGGAGAACGACGUUUAG